AUUCUCUCCAUGACUCGCCAGUGUAGAUAAGCUAGAACAUAUCUAUGUGUGGGUGAAAGACUCAUUCUUGCCUUUGAUCCACAGUGACAUUCAGCCAACCUUCCUUCCCGAGAGCUGGUCCAAAAUCAUUGGUUUGCCUAGGAUGAGGCAACUGCGGGCUGAAGGUACCGAGAAAAAAUGUUCCCAUCCUCUCAGCUUUGCAAAUAACUCUGUGAUCAGUGAAAGCCACUGUCUUCGCAAAUACGGCCAUGACAUACCAGAGAAAGGUGACUCCGCUGGCACUUGGACAAAGGUUGCCAACCCGUCUGUUUCCAAGGAUGCCAGCAGUGACGGUGCAUUCACUUACCAGCGAAACAGGACUCCAUGGAUGUAUUAUUCAUAUGGAAAUUUGCACACAAAUGGACCAGCAGGAUACACGUUUUACUUUUUCCCUGAAGAAGGAAGAUCUAAUUCAACAACAAGGCUGGAUGCUCUGCAACAGAGCAACUGGCUUGAUGAAAAGACGUGGGCGGUGAUCAUCGAACUAACUACAUUUAACUCAGAUGCAGACCUCUUUUGCACCAUCUCGGUCAUAUUUGAGAUGUCUCAUUUGGGGAUCAUAAAACCAAGUUUGUCAGCACACUCUUUUGCACUCCCCAUUUUUCAUCAGCAAACUAAAGCUCAAAUGUUUGUGUUUGUAAUUGUUCUUGCCUUUAUGCUCAUUUACAUUGCAGAAGAGCUUCACAUCAUAGGCCAGGAAAAAACUGAUUACAUUAAAAACAUUUCCAAUACGAUAAACUUCAGCUUAAAAUUAGUAUUCCUGUUCCUUGUUAUUUUAAAGGUCAUGAAGUUCAAAGUGGGAGCUGAUACAGUGAACUUUUACUUACUUCACCCAAACGAUUUCAUUCCUUUUCAUGCAGUUGCUCAUUUAGAUCACAUGUUAAGGAUUACUAUGGGCUUUUUAGCAUUUUUUGUCAUUUUGAAAACUCUGAAAUAUCGUCACUUCUUUUAUGGCGUGCCCCCGGCACGAAGAUGUAUCUUGGCAGCCCUUCCUGGAAUGUCCUCAAUGGCUCUCAUGGUGGUGGUUUACUUCUUUGUAUUUAUGGCUUUUGGCUACCUUGUCUUUGGGCAGCAUGAAUGGAAUUACAAUAGCACGAUUCACUCAGCUCAGACCAUAUUCUCCUGCAUCUCAGCUUUCAGAGAUACUGCAUUUUCAUCCAAGUUGCUGGAUGUUUUUUUUUUCCUAGCCUCUUUCAUGUUGGCGAUGACCUAUGUAUUGAUCAGUCUUUUCCAAGCUGUUGUUAUGUCUGCCUAUGGAGAUGUGAAACAACCCGUAUAUGAAGAAUGUCCUAGCCAGUUAUCCACAGAAGAACCACCUGAGGAAGCACCAGUUGUUACUUUUGUAUUGCAAAGGCUCAGAGGAUAUUUUAUCUUCUGA